AUGAAGCUUUUUUCUUUAUCACAGUCAGUUUUAUCAAGAAGUAUUAGCGUGCUAAUUUUCCUUGAACAAUUGCAGUUCGACAUUAACAAACUCGUGGAUGUCGUGCCAAAAAACAGCACAGACCUGUCAGUCACUUCCACCGAGGAAAGAGCAACUUUUACGAAACACAGAAUUGCUACUGCUAGACGCCGUUGUAGCUCAUCAUCCUUUUUCUCAAUUUUUGUACCUCGCAGACCUGCAGCAGGUGUAGAUGGAGUUGCGGACCACGAUGCUGUACUUGUCUUAGAUCUCGUUCUUGAAAGUGACAACGCAUCAAGCCUCGCAUCCGCAACGCAGAAAAAUGACGCGAACAGAAGUACCGAAUGUAAGGCGGUAGACGAACAGAACGCGGUUGCGGUGAGACGUUGCAACAAAAACUAUAUCUACAAGCUGGGGAUGAAGAUGAUUAAUACAACAACUUCUAAUGCGGUUUUAGCCACAAGAAGAAUUUUUGUCUCCACAGCUUUUUAACGCAGAACAGGAGAAGGGCGAUGGACAGUUCAGACGAAAAUUGUUCUCCUUCGAAGGCACUAUCUAAGUACUCGUAAGAAUAAGAAAGUACUAUUUGCUCCUGCUAUGCCUGUAAUAAGA